CCCCACGACAGUUGUCAAUGUCGCCAGUCAAAGAUUUUUUGUAAAUAAAAACAAAAUAAUAUGAGCGCUGAUGCCAGGAUAAAGGAGAUGGCGCCAACCAAGGAUAGCUCCGUGCCCACCCUUGCUGAGGAGGAGAAGGAGGCAAAGGAGCAGGCGCAGCGACACACGGACGCCUCCAACUCGAACUCGCAGCCAAGCGCCAACGAUUGGUUGAAUUUCUCGCAAUGGAUGCACUGCUUCUGCGUGGUCACCUUCGAUCUGAACCUGGGCCAGGCCCUGGAGCAUGUCUAUCCGCCUGUCUUUAUGCCCAGCGACCAGGAGGUGAGCAACAUCUGCUACAUGGCCUUCCCGGACUCCAAUUCCGGUUGCAUGGGCGACACCAAGUUCCACAUGCGAUUCCGCUGCACCAAGGCCACGCGGCAGGACUCGCUGCAGAACUACAACGCGGAGUGCCCGCCGGCCCUGCGACAGGAUGCUUCGCAUUAUUGGGGCUUCGUCUAUUUCCGGCAGAAGCGCGAUGCAAAUCUGCCGCGCGGUUACUUCCAGAAGAGCUUCAUCAUUAUCACCCGGCUGCCGUUCUUCAAUCUGUACUACGACAUACUUGGCCAGCUGGCGCCGCGCUACUUUGACUCCGAAGGCUCGGGCACCGGGACCUCGGACAUCCUGCGCCUGGCCAGCGAGCAAAUUAACCGCCAGUGGCCAUCGCUGCGCGUCGGCCAGACGCUGCAGUUGCCCCUUCUGGAUUGCAGCUAUCAGAUAUGUAUACCCCGUGCUACCACCAGCAGGAAAACAACCAUAGUCGAGACAUCAUCAUCAUCAUCAACAUCAGAAGGAGAAUCCCCACGAGCCAUUGCUUCGACAACGGCCAAGAUCCUAGUGUCUGUCAACGAAAUCGAACUCUUCCGCUCCUUGGACUUUGUCAUGGAGCACCUAUAUACGCUGUGGGAGCUGGUCAUCACCGCCGAACCCAUCGUUGUGGUGGGCACCUCGCCGGCGGACUGCACUCAUAUGGUGCAGACUCUGGUGGCGCUCAUAGCACCGCUGGAGUAUUGCGCCGAGGCGCGACCGUACUUCACCAUCCACGACAGCGAGUUUCGGGAGUUUACGCAGGAAAGCAAGGCGACAACGGCGACGGUGCCCUCCUGUAUACUUGGCGUGACCAAUCCGUUCUUUGUGAAGCUGCUCAAAGCGUGGCCGCAUAUGCUGCGGCUGGUGGAUAACCAGAAGAACAUGCUGCAGCAGCAACAGCACCUGCACGCCCGCAACAUAACCUCGGCCACCUCGUUCUCCAGCUCAUCGGUGGCAAGUUCCCUCAAGAGCACCACAACCUUGAAUGGCAUUGCCAAUGGUAGCGGCCUGGCGGCAGGGGAGAGCUCCAGUGCUGGCCUGCAUAGCAAAUACAAGCCGUACCUUAAAAAGGACAAGGCACUGAUUAAGAAGGUGCUACUGGGCAUGAAGACCAAGCGGCCCGAGCACGUCCAGACCGCUCUCAUACGCCGGCAUCUCCUCGAGCUAACGCAGAGCUUUAUGAUACCGCUGGAGCGCUAUAUGGCCUCGCUGAUGCCUCUGCAGAAGGACAUCAGCCCGUUCAAGUCGGCGCCGAAUGCGAGCAGCUUUAAACUGGACGAUUUCCUGGCCACCCUGGAGACGGCGGGGCCGCAGCUCACAUCGCCCCUAAAGGGUGACUGGAAGGGACUGUACAGACGCUUCUUCCGGUCUCCCAACUUUCGAGGCUGGUACGAGGCCCGACAUCGAGAGCUGCAGUUAACGCUACAGGAUCUCCAGCUGCAGGCUCUCUCGGAGGCAAACCUGGAGCACUGGGCCCAUGACAAGCAGGAGGUGGAGAUCAUCGAUAUGAUACUCAAGCUCAAGCAGAAACUGAAUCUCUACUCGGAGAAGGGCAAUCAAGUGGAGGCGACGGGACACCAGCAGCAGAUACGGGCCCAGAUCGAGUGCAUGAAGGGACUGCUACCGUUGGAUCUCAAGAAUGUGGUGAACCUUUGAUCCUAGCCAGCGGCUGACUAGCUAAAUUUUGUGUGUGUGUGUAUGCAUGAGUGUGUGGCUGAGCGGAAUGCAUGCGAGUGUGUAGGUGUGUUAGCGAUCCUUGAGCCAAGGUGCUCUUUAUCAGUGUAUAUAAGUUUUAACCGGAGAUUAGUCGCUAUAUCCGUUUCUAGUUUAAAUUGUUUAUGUUCUCGUUUCGUUACAAAGUUCUUUGUGCAGCUAAGAGCAGCUGGGAGAGUUUUGUCUCUCCGAAAACAGAAAAAAGACCGUCACAAAAGCGACAGAGAGAGGUAUUAAAUAUAAUCGAUGCAAUAUACAUAUAUUCUAUAAAUUUCUCAACUUAAAUUCUAAACAUUUUAAAUGCCAAGAAAAAUGCUCAUAGGUCUCCUCUGCUGACUGUCUCACAUAAGAAAUAACUAUCUUAACUCUCUUCAAAAGGCGAAUUUUUCAAAAUUAAGUCUAUAAAAGAAUAAUGUACCUCCCAAAAUUAACGUUAGUACGAAAAGAUCAGAGCUCGUCAGUAACAGAUUUUCCCGUUUCCGGUUUCCUGUUUCAUUUUAAGUUAUUAAGCUCUUUUAGAGAGCAAAUAAGGCUAUUUGCGAGCUCUACAGAAAAUAUCUUCAAGGUUUUUUUGGACCAAAAUGUGAUUCAAAAGCCAGUUCUGUUCUUUUCACCUCUUUUUAAAUCGUUUGUCUUGAAAUAUUUUUUUGUGAAACCUUGUAUAUCGAUAAAAUUA